AUGACUGACACCUGCUGCACACGGACCUGCGUGAUCGCUGCGUCCACCACUUCAGUCUGCUCCAGUAAUUUGAGCUGUGGCAGCCGGAUCUGCUCGCCCAGCACGUGCCUAGGUGCCUCCUGUCAGUCAGACAAUUGCCAAGAGAGCUACUGUGAGCCCCCAUGCUGUGCCCCCAGCUGCUGUGCCUCAACCCCUUGCCUCCUCUGCACCCCAGUGAGCUGUGUGUCCAGCCCCUGCUGCCAAUCUUCCUGCUGCACACCCUCAUGCUGCCAGCAGUCUAACUGCCAGCCAACUUGCUGCACCUGCUCCCCCUGCCAGCAGCCCUGCUGUGUGACCCUCUGCUGCAAGCCUGUGUGCUGCACACCCAUCUGCUCUGGAUCAUGCUGCCAGCAGUCUAGCUGCCAGUCCUCAUGCUGCCAGCCCUCAUGCUGCCAGCAGUCUAGCUGCCAGCCAGCUUGCUGCACCUGCUCCCCCUGCUGUCCCUCCUGCUGUGUGCCUGUCUGCUGCAAGCCUGUGUGCUGCACACCCAUCUGCUCUGGCUCCUCCUCCUGCUGCCAGCCCUCCUGCUGUGCUCCUGUGUGCUGCAAGCCCUGCUCCAGUGUGUCCCUGCUGUGCCGCCCUGUGUGCAGACCUGCCUGCUGUGUGCCCAGUUCCUCCUGCUGUGCCUCCUCCUGCCAGCCCAGCUGUUGUCGCCCAGCCUCCUGUGUGUCCCUGCUGUGCCGUCCUGUCUGCUCCAGACAGGCCUGCUGUGGCCAGAAGUCCAGCUGCUGA